CUCUAGCAACAUGGAUAUCUUCACAAACGGGGAUUUAGGUGUUGACGGUAACACAAGCCAUGAAACAGGACAAGAAAGAUUAGAAGGCACCAAAAGCCAAGGAUACAACCACAGCGACCCCCUGGACAUGUUCAUAGGCAUAGAGCUUCUUCUACGUUUCAAACCUCUCUUCCUGCCACUCUAUUCCCUCGUAGUGGUCGUGGCUGGUGUCGGAAACUCCUUCCUGUUGGCUUGCAUCUUGUCUGACAAAAAACUACACAAUGCCACCAACUUUUUCAUCAGUAACUUAGCAGCUGGAGACUUGCUGAUGUGUUUGACUUGUGUUCCACUGACUGUGUCUUAUGCCUUCGACAGUCGUGGCUGGGCUUUUGGAAGAGUCCUCUGCCAUUUGGUCCCCUUGCUGCAAUGUGCGACAGUGUUCGUAUCUGUGCUUUCACUCACUGCCAUUGCUGUGGAUCGCUACGUUGUUGUGGCUCACCCAGUACGGAGGAGGAUCUCUGUGUGGAGUUGUGGGGCAGUGAGUCUGGGUGUGUGGCUUUUAUCUCUGGCCCUGGCUGCACCUCAGUCUCUUUACACACGCUACAUGGACCUGCGACCCAAUGGCAUCGACCUCGUAGUUUGUGAAGAAUUCUGGCCUCAUACUGGCAAUCUGCGGCUGCUCUACUCCUGCUUCACUCUCAUUGCCUCUUAUAUGAUCCCGCUGCUGUCAGUCAGCAUAUCUUAUUGCGCCAUCACUGUUAGCCUGAAACGCUAUUCAGUGCCUGGGGAGCCAUCAAACAGCCAGCAGCGAUGGAGCCAGAGGAGAAGGAAGACCUUCUCACUGCUGGUGGCCUCAGUGCUGGCUUUCGCCCUGUGUUGGCUGCCUCUGCAGGUGCUGACCCUGAUGCUGGACCUGGACCCAGACUUCCACAUCAUAGGGAAGCGCUACAUAAAUGUCUUACAAAUCUGCUGUCAUUUAGUAGCUAUGAGCUCUGCGUGUUACAACCCUUUUAUCUACGCCUCACUGCACAGCAAGGUGCGCAUGCACUUGAAAGGCUACCUCUGUCCCUGUCGUCAGAGGGAGAUGGUGGAGAGGGUGUCGUCCAGGAGCUGAUGUUAGGCCGUGCCCUAUUUGAUAUAACUGCUAUAGCAUCGCCUGACACCCAGAGCCCUUGUCCAGGAAAACAAGGCAAACGCUUCAUUGUACUUAAAAGCAAGGAAUAUGUCUGUUUCUCUAUCAGUCUGUCUGUCUGUCUGUCUGUCUGUCUGUCUGUCUGUCUGUCUGUCUGUCUGUCUGUCUCUCCAUCUGUCCGUCUGUCCGUCUGUCCGUCUGUCCAUCUCUCCAUCUGAUAGCUUAAGAACUGUUAAUCCUACCUUCAUCACUCAUGGCAGGCUGGUGUGGACCCAAGGACACGCAGAGUCAGAUUUGAUGUUAUUUGGACACGCAACAAGUGAUAUAUUAAUACACUUUGAAUAAACAAGCAACCUUUUUGUUAAGGGCUUCUUGGCUCGACACAAUGACCAUUGGCUUCAGUUCACUUUUGCUGUUAACUCACAUCCCUGAACGAACGAUGAGCGGCUCUUGUCAGCAAUAUCAGGAGUCUGUUCUGAAUUUGCAUUGCAUUACUUUAUUUAAACCAGUUUUCUCAAUGUGUUUCCAGAAUGUUGUGACAUUUUGUCCUAGUGUCCCCAGAGUAAGUUCUAAAUAAGGCCACUUGUGACAAAAAGGCAUACCAGACUGUAGUUCAGGAUGAUGAUCAAGAAGAUUCCACUGGGAUCCCUGUGUUUUUGUUGGACGGUGUAGCUGCUGGCAUGGACACUAAGCAGAUACUGCAGCUUGAACAGGCAGCAGAGCUGUGAAGCAGACAUGCUGGAGGCUCAGGCCAGGGGGGGGGGGGCUCCACUGGCUGCCGGACCUGGUUUAACUUAAACAGUAAAUGUUUAGGGAGCCGACCCUACCAUGAACUCUUCUUCACCAGACAUGGAUUGCAGGCCGUUGUAGACAUAUAGAUACUAGAUGCUUUUUCCAUAUCCCUGCUGCUGAAUGCCUUUGCUUAAAAAUCAGAUGUGUUUCUCUCAUAUUGCAUCACCUUGAUUAUAUUAGAUAUUACAAAAUGUUAAAUAAUGUUGCCUGCUAAUUUAGUGUAAUUAUGUAGUAGCUGUUCUCUGUGGUUUGGUUCCACUUUUAUGUCACCUGUUCACAUGGAUUAAUAUGAUUGUAUUUGCAUGUAUGUAAGUUAGUAUUAGUUUGUAUGGACCUGCAUGGAACAGAUAUGAUAUGUACAGCACUGGGAGAAAAAAUAUGCGGCCUUAUAGUGACCUUCAGACCUCUCUGUAGAAAAUUGAAUUCAUAUCAGAUUCAUAAAUAUUACUUUCAAUCUCUGUGGCUGGGCUCUGUCUCGAGACACAUGUACACAUAAUAUUCAGAGUAUGAACAAUAAAGACACCAGGGUUUCCAUCCACUAGGAUUUAUGCUUUCUGUGCCAAAGCCUGACGAUUCAAUAUAUUUUUGCACAUGUCUUCUGUUCAAUAAUUCACCAAAGAACUUGCUAUUGUGAUAUCAAUUAUAUUAAAGGUGGGGUAGGUAAGUUUAAGAAACCGGCUCGAGAUACACUUUUUGUUAUAUUCCAUGGAAU